AUGAUGGGGAUGCCGAAGGCAUCGCUCUCGUCGAAUGAUGAUGACGGGGUACCGAAUACAUCGCUCUCGCCGAAUGAUGAUAACGGGAUGCCGAAGGCAUUGCUCUCGUCGAAUAAUGAUGGGGUGCCGAAGGCAUCACUCUCGCCGAAUAAUGACGGGUUGCCGAAGGUAUCGCUCUAG